AUGGGUGACGACAGACUCUCUGACCACCCGAAAUCCACGGAAUUUCUCAACAUCUGUUUGGGAGAAAACCUGCAGCCCAGCCCAGGACUUCACCCGAGAGAACCAAGCAGCCAACCUGAAUUUCCUGGACCUUGUGGAGAACAGACCUGGGCCUUUGACUCUCCUGAUUCCAUGAGGCAAGAUGCUGCUAGGGGCUCUGAGACACAGCUCAUGCAUCGGGAGAGCUUCUCUUCUGAAGAGGCGCACCGGCAGCGAACAACACCCCCCAGGUCGCCCAGAGACAGCCAUCCUCUGGGGAGCCCACGGAGGAGCCAGAGCAGUUCCGCCCAAGUCAUGUUCUGGGCUGGCAUCCUCCAGGCCCAGAUGUGUGUGCUCGAUCUAGAGGAAGAGCUGGAGAAGACUGAAGGGCUCAGGGCUGAGCUGAGAUGCUGCCUCCCUGUGGCCCCUACAGACCUAUCCACCAGCCCAGCGAGUCCCCGAGACUCAGGCUUCCACCCAAGGUCCUCACCCAUGGAGGAGAAUGUGGGGCAAGACAGCAGUGGGCCUGAGGGGAAGAGCGAGGGGUGGCCAAGGGAGAGAACACCAGGCUCUUCUCCGGAGUGGGGUGCUGAGGAGGAGAGUCUGUUCUUUGACAACCCCCUCUUCCUGAAGAGCCCUUGCUCCGAGACCUAUGCUUCUGGAGAGCACUUUUCCUGGGGGUUCCCAGACACCCUUGCAGAUGGGAAGACUGGACCUGACAGUCCACAGACUCAGGAGCCUCCACUCCCAGGAAGUGGAGUUCUCUGGGAGCUGGGAAGUGAGCUGGGUUUGGAGGAUGACGGCACAACUGAUUCCAGUGGACAUACCACCCCUCCAUUCCCUGUGCCCAUCUACAAAGUGCAUUCCCUCUCCUGGGCCACAGGGGGUGCCACUGAUGAGGCUCCCACAGCACUUCCUGGCCAGGUGGAGAGCGAGGCCCUGCCCUGUCCUGAGGGCCGGCAAACAGAGGAGGGUUCUUCUUCACCCCAGAUUCCUCUCAGUUCCCAGGACAGAGGUCACAGUGAUGCUGAGUGUCUGCAGGAUUCUGCCACCUGCACCUUGGCCCGUUGCUCCUGGGGGACCCCAGAUUCUUCACCAGAGCCUAGCAGCCCAGAGUCUGAGAGCAGAGGUCCUGGCCCCUGGCCCACCCCCGUGUCCUCCCAAGAGGGGAGCCCACAGCUUCCACGCCACCACUCGGGCAGCAUUUUCCCCAAGUGGACACUGGAUGCUUCACACCUUUCACUCCUGGAGAAAGCUGAGGUCGAGACAAGUUCCCUGGAGAAAGAGGAGGCAAGGGGGACCUCAAGCCCAGAGGAGGAAGUAAAGAGGGAAGACCCAGUCAGCACUGAAGAGGCUAAAGCUGUCCAGCUAGACGUUGAUUCAACUUUUACAGAAGGGCUUCCUGAGAGCCCCAUGCCUCAAGUACAGCCCACAGAGGAAGGCCAGAGGCCACAGGCUGGAGACAAGCUGGCUAAUGGUGUCAGGACUGACAAGGUGGCCUGGAACUUGGCCUCGCGCCUCUAUCACCUGGAGGGUUUCCGGAAGUCUGAAGUGGCUGCCUACCUGCAGAAGAACAAUGACUUCAGCAGGGCUGUGGCUGAGGAGUACUUGUCCUUCUUCCAGUUUGGAGGCCAGAGCCUGGACCGUGCCCUCCGGAGUUUUCUCCAGGCCCUGGUGCUCAGUGGAGAGACUCAGGAGCGCGAACGGAUCCUCUACCAGUUCUCAAAGCGUUUCCUCCACUGCAAUCCAGGGGUCUUCUCCUCAGUAGAUUCUGUGCACACCUUGACCUGUGCGAUCAUGCUCCUUAACACUGACCUGCACGGACAGAACAUUGGGAAAAGCAUGAGCUGCCAAGAAUUCAUCACCAACUUGAACGGCCUGCAGGAUGGCAGGAAUUUUCCCAAGGAGCUGCUGAAGGCCCUAUACUGGUCUAUCCGAAGUGAGAAGCUUGAAUGGGCCGUGGAUGAAGAAGAUGCAGCCAGACCUGAGAAGACCAGGCCUUCUCCCUCAGCUGGCAAGACGAGCAACCCCUUUCUUCAGCUGGCCCAGGACCCCACAGUGCCCAUCUAUAAGCAGGGCAUCCUGGCUCGGAAGAUGCAUCAUGAUGCGGAUGGCAAGAAGACACCUUGGGGCAAGCGUGGCUGGAAGAUGUUCCACACCUUACUGCGAGGAAUGGUACUCUAUUUCCUGAAGGGAGAAGAACAGUGUCCUCAGGGGGAGAGUUUGUUGGGGCAGAUGGUAGAUGAGCCUGUGGGGGUGCACCACUCUCUGGCAACCCCUGCCGCCCAUUACACCAAGAAGCCACACGUCUUCCAGCUGCGUACUGCUGACUGGCGCCUCUACCUCUUCCAGGCACCUACUGCCAAGGAGAUGAGUUCCUGGAUCGCGCGCAUCAACCUGGCCGCCGCCACGCACUCGGCGCCGCCCUUCCCCGCCGCGGUGGGCUCCCAGCGCCGAUUCGUGAGGCCCAUCCUCCCGGAAGAGCAGCAUCGAUCCCACGAGAACUGCUUGGAUGCUGCCUCCGACGACCUGCUGGAUCUGCAGAGAAACUUACCCGAGCGGCGAGGCCGCAGCCGCGAGCUAGAGGAGUACCGUUUGCGCAAGGAAUAUCUCGAGUAUGAGAAAAUGCGCUACGAGACAUACGUGCAGCUGUUGGUGGCCCGUCUGCAUUGCCCCACCGAGGACCUGGACCCGUGGGAGGAGCAGCUGGGGAAGGAAACUGGAGAUGUCCAGGAGCCCAAGCCUAGCCUGAAGAAGUCUCACUCAAGCCCGUCCCUGCACCAGGAUGAGGCCCCCACAACAGCCAAGGUGAAGCGCAACAUCUCAGAGCGCAGAACCUACCGGAAGAUCAUCCCCAAGCGGAACCGCAAUCAGCUGUGA